AUGUUUGUCAUAGGUUCUGCAAUAGCAAUAGGUGCAAUAGCUCAUCAAGAACGUAAGAAAAAGAAAAAAGCAAGAAUACACUCAAUUGAAACUUAUAAUAGAUUACAACAACAACAACAUACAAAUGGUUAUAGACGAGAUAAUCCACGUCCAGGUCAUCCUGCUUCAUUUAAUUCACAAUCACAUGGACCACCACCACAAUCUCAAUAUGCAAAAGGAAGAGUAAAUCAAAAUAAUAAUCAAUAUAGAAGACCUCGUCCUCAACAACAAUUUAGAGCAAAUUAUCAACAGUCAUCACCACAACCACCUCAUCAACCAAUUCAUAAUAAAAGUAAUAAAUCUUCAUCACAUCAACAAAAUAAUCAUACAAAUUACAAUAGACAAGGUUCUAGCCAUAGUAGAAGAUCUCAACCUUCUGCAAGUCAACCACCUGUUCGAUCAAUGGUUAGAGAUAGUGAAACUUUUGAUCCUCCACCUGCUUAUACUCCUUGA